AAGCAGCAGACAGUCAUUCUGCAGAAGCAGACAACAUCUGUUACUUCUGGAGGAAUGGUGGAUAGUUAGGAGGAAUGGCAUGACUGGACCUUUGACUUAAGCAACUGGAUCAGAACUUUUUUUUUUCUUCUUCUCAAGAGGUUUCACCAGCAGCAAUGGCUACCCUCGGACAGAUCAUUUUCUACAGUAUGAUAACCCUGAUCGUCGUAUUCUCAGCCCUCAUCAUCCUCAUCUUAGCCCUGACUUUCUCAGGUUCCUUAUCUGAGGUGAUGAGCAGCAACAAAGCGCCAAUCGCCAACAUCGGCGAAGAUAAGCUUCUCAGCUGCUAUCUUAAGACACAAAGUGAAAAACCCAGAGUCAGCCAGGUGUCAGUCACCUGGACAAAGAAAGGGCUACAGGGACUUGUUUACCGGUAUGAGGAUGGAGCUCCGGAUCUCAAGGACCAGAACUCACAGUUCAGAGGGAGAACUGAGCUCUUCCCUGAUACUUUGGUCACAGGAAAUGCCUCUCUGCUGAUGAGGAAUGUGAGAAGAAGUGAUGAAGGGGAGUACACCUGCAGCAUCAGCUCCUCUGAUGGCGGAGGGAAGGUCAACAUUCAUCUCAGAACUGCAGCCUUUUCAGCACCCAAGUUUACAUUCUCAAAUGGUGCCCUGGUCGCUGAGGCAAAUAGGUGGCUCCCCAAACCAAAUGUCACGUGGCUGAACCCUGAUGGAGACGUCCUGCAGGGAAACACAAGCUUCUCACAGAGCUCUGCAGGGAUAUACAGCGUUGUUAGCGUGCUACAGCCAGUCAACAUCAGCAGCGCCUACACCUGCAGGAUUGAAAAUGACUUGGUGAUUUCUGUCUCUACAGCAACUGUAACAGGCUCUGGUGUGUCAGAGAACACAUACUUCACCUACAGUGCUGCUUCAUCCCUGCUAGCAUCAGCUUACCUGAGCAUUACGACCAGUGUCUUCUGCAUCUAUUAUCUGACCUAAUCACACACACAAACAUACAUAUUCCCCUAUACAUCUCAACCUGGGUAAAUACAGUAUGUCUUCAUUGUGCGCAUGUGCUGCAGAAUCCGACAAAAGUAAUGAUAAUUUAAAGUACAUAAAAUAAUUAAUUUAUUACAGUGUGUGUUGUUGCUAUGUAACAGCAUUUAACUCUGGUGCAUUUUCUCUGUCUACUUUUCUCAUUUUCUUUUUAUUCUUCUUAUGUGUGUGCCAUGCUUUACUGAGAGUGGACACUCACAUUAUUUAUCCAUUAACAUUUCUAAAUUCCUCUUAUCUUGAAUUUUUACUUUUUAUUUUUUUGUCAUGAAACAAGAUGAACUGCCUUCUGUGUUGUGAGGAAACUGCAUCAAAAUAAACAGAAUAUCAUAAAAUUGCAGUUUAAAAUUGAAGCAUUUACAGACUGAAUGUAUUAUUAUAUUAUGCUACAUAUUUUCUGACACCCUUUUGUUAUCUAUUGACAGUUUUGGGGGAAAAUGCAGCAUUCGGCCUGACAAAAAUAAA